GUCAGGCUGGGUGGGUGGAGCUAAACACGAUACUGAGCCCAGUGUUGCUGUGAUGUGAUGACACUCGGCCAACGCGCCAGUAUUUUUUUGUGAAAACCCUUUUCUUUUUGUCGGUAUGCUCUGAGGCAAUCACGACCGCAACAACUGCAUGUCGUGUUGACAGGUAUGAAGGCAUACAUAUGAAAAGGAGCCGACGGUGUUUGGUAGUGGCUCGCGACGAAUCGAGGGCGUUUGAUCUUGCCUAGAGGGCGGUGACGUCACAGCCACACUGUAUCGCUGUGUUUCAGUUCACGUGAAGUAGUCUAUGUUUACGUGUGUUUUCACGCGGUCCCUGUGAUUCGUGUGUCGUGUAUUUGCAGCACGGAAGCGAGCUUAGCUAGGCUACUGGAAGGAGACAGCUAAUAAUAAUAAUAUAUAUUUUUUUAAACAACAACAAUCAAACAAGAAACAAAACAAUGUGAUGGUGGUUCCUCGCUGUGAGAUAGAUCCGAGCAUUUUUUCGGCAGGAAUCAAGAUUCAUCAAAACAGGCAAAGUUUUUUCCAGUCCUCAUCUGUCCAGUUUGGAAACAGCUAAAGACCCACCUCUUCCAUGAACACCUAACCAACCCAUAAAAAACCCCAAAAACCUUACUUUGGCACUUACACCUCUACUCUACGCACUCUGCUUCUUCUGGAACUCAAUUAAUGGAUCUUGUAUGUGUUGAAUGUGAAGCAAACGCACCCAGGGGAACAUGUCUAUCAUAUAUGUGUCCAACAAGAGGAAAAUCUCAAGGCCUGAAAAAAAGCCCCAGACAGCAGGAGACCCAAAAAUUCUGGAUAAAGUGGUUGCAGUAUGUGGCAGUGUUCCAUCUAUGAAUGAUGAAGCAAGUCCCCAAAAGAUAAAAAGAACUUAUGGCAGGAAAAAAUAUCAUGAUCUGCAGCCGGUGUCCAGGGUUCCUACAGAAGAUGGAUCUUCGUGUACUUCAGUGGUCCAUGCUAACUCAUUGAAUGGCUCUAAAACGCAACCCAUUGCUUAUGGUCCUGCCACUGCAUGCAGGACAAAGGACAAAGUUGGCUCUGGUUUGGAGCAUAUGAGAGAGAGAGUUCCCGUCAUAGUUCCUGUAGCACAGUAUACGCAGAGGAAUCCCUCAGCUAACAGUGCUAAAGGUAGAACUCCGAGGCCUGAAUUUUACUGCAUGAAGAAGGAGACACCCAGUUAUCCUCCAGGAAGUCAAGAGGAGACUUGGCAGCUGCAGAUUCUAGCAAAGGGCCGAGUAACAUGCCCCAAGUGUAAACGUGUAGGGAGGAAAACAGUGGAGGGCCUGAAAAAGCACAUGGUAACCUGCAAACUGCAUGUAUUUAAAUGCACACAUUGUGGGAAACAACUAAAGACUUCAACUGGGAUGAAAUACCACCUCAUGGCUGACCACAAUAAACUGCCCACCCCAGAUGAUGGGCGUGGACUAGAUGACCAUGCAGUGAAAGAAAAAUUGAGAAAAGUUCUAAAAAGGUUGGGAAAAUUAAAAUGCUCAAAAGAGGGGUGUACUGGCAGUUUCACCAGUAUAAUGGGCUAUGUUUAUCACAUGAAAAAAUGUGGUAAGGCGGAGUCAGAGCUGGAAAAGCUCCUAAUGAACUGCAAGCACUGUGGGAAGCCGUAUCGUUCCAGAGCAGGACUGGAGUACCAUCUAAAAUCUGAGCAUGGUCCGGAACCCCAACAGGCGGAAGCAAACGGUCAAAGGGAACCCAGCAUGGAGUGUGAAUCCAGUGGCAGGGCCAAACGCACAUCAGCCCAGGUGGCCAUUUUCCAUCUGCGUGAGAUUGCCAAUCAGGAGCUGUUCAAGGAGUGGCCCAAGAGGAAGGUGCAGCGAGACUUGGUCCCUGAUGACCGGAAGCUACGUUAUUCCCGUCCCGGAUUGCCUGCCUUCAGCCAGGAGGUCUUGCGAAAGUGGAAGAAUGAGGUGAAACUGAACAGAAAAAUGCAGUGUCCCAACAAGGGUUGUGGUUGCUACUACACAAGUGUGUCAGGUCUAAAGGCUCAUUUGGGACUCUGCACCCUGGGCAACUUUCAGGCUGGGAAAUACACAUGUCUGAUAUGUAAGAAAGAGUUCAACUCCGAGAGCGGUGUGAAAUACCACAUCAACUCUGUUCAUUCCCAGGAUUGGUUUGUGGUCACCUCUAAGGCCAAGAGUUUCACCUCCAACAAAAAGCUCGAGCCAAAGAAGCUUUGCACGCCAAACCCAGCUCUCCGUUUCCCCAAGGGAACUUGCACCUGGCAGGAUACACAGAUUCCAGGAGAUGCUACAACCAGCGAGUCCGUACGCCCAGAAACACCAGAGAGGAAAAUGCAAGAUGAAAAAAGAAGCAGAAAGUACAAACUGAGAGCGCAGGAGAAAGACUGCAGUGAUAGCCAGAGCAGUAGCAGUGGAAGCGAGAGUUCCAGCAGUGAGUCAGAAGCAGAGGAUCCAGGGAAUGAUGCCUGGAAACUAAACAAGCCACAACCUCAGCCUGAGAAAGAUAAGAGUGACCAGUAAACCAUUUCUCUAAUACAUGAUGCUUUUAAUUUCCCUUUUCAAGCAUUUGACUUUUUAAAUAUAAUGUGGAUUUUAGGUGAUUUCAUAUGUUACACCGAGUUCUGACUCGUGGCAGUCAGAGGUGCAUUUACAUUUAUAGUUUAGCCAUAGUUUUUAUGAUUUUGACCCAAAAAUCAAUCUACAAUAUUAUAGACAUCUGAAAACUGUUUUUUACCUAAAGCAGCAGCCAGACCCAAUGGGAAUAAAAUUCACUUGGUGGAAAAGCCAAGAUAACUUCAUCUAAGUGAACUUGUGAAUUUGUGAACCACUGUAGAAAACAAGAAGGUAGUACUGUGGUGUCUUUGGUUGGUAAAGAAAAGAAUUGUUCAUAAUUAUUUUAACUGCAGUUUACAGGAUGUUUAAGUUUUAUAGCGCCUACAGCUAGAGGAAAACUAUGAUGAACAUGUGUGAAAGUACUUUAAAUUGUUGUCUACAUGUGUAUGUACAUGGAGUUAUUCAAGAAUAAAAGUUUUCAGAGAAAGGUUAUACUUAAACAUCCUCCUUUUCAGCUAAGAUGUUCUGUACCUGCUGCUAGCUAAGAUGUUCUGUACCUGCUGCUAGCAUGCGCUCUCCCUGACUGUCUCGGCUCUGUUCUGUCAGUUUUACAUAAAUUCCCUAAGCCGUCAGUUGAAGGCAUUUACAUGCACAGGUAUUAAAAAUGGUGGUAUGUGUCGGACCCGUUUAAAAGAAAACAACGCAGCAGAAUUUUUCAGGGUUUUCACAAAUCAAUAGUAUAUUUUUCUCACUUCGUAGCAGUUCAUUUUGUUUCUUCGUCUCCUGCACCAGUUCUCCAGAUGGAGAUUUUUUUUUUAGUUCCCUUCUGUUGUACGAACCACUUCUGUUUCAAGCUGUAUUGUGUGUAAACUGCUGCAUGUAUUGUUGUCCAUGUGCAUACUGGAGUGCUUGUGACUAGCAGUUUUGUAUCGGUGAUGUUUCAUGCUGUAUUAGCUUCGAUGUAUGCUGUUUUGACAUCUACAAGUUGUUCUCGUGUGCAUCGUUGAGAGGGCUGGGAAACAGUGGACUGAACAGAGAUUGAAGAACAACAGAGUACUAUAUUGUAGUAGACUAUAUCAAUAUUAUAAGGGUUACUAGGUUUCAUUCAGAUUUUUAAUACUGGAUAUGAUUAUGACUAUGACGAUUAUGUGUCCAAAAAACUUUGUGUCCUGGAUCUAAUUUUUAAUACAUGACUUUUUUUUUUUUUUUUUUUUUAAAUUUAGACUGUAAUGUCUGCAUAAACUUUGUUAAAGUACUUUAUUAACCAAACCCUAAUAAAUGACAUAAAAGUUGUA